CGCUAUUGCCUUCCAGCUCUUGACCAGCUAACAAUAUCUACUGCUGCUGCUGUUUGUAUUGAGUGGUUCGGUUGGGAGUUGCGACUUGGGAGUAGAACCAUCGCAUCGUAUCGUAUCUGCCGGUCUUAUCAGGCCCGAAAAAAGACGAGAGCCUCUCCGCCCACAACUCAGUGUGUUUUGGAUCGUCGGCAGAGGCAGUGGCAGUGGCAGUGGCAGUGGAGGCGGCAGCGGCAGAGCGUUACCUGGUAUUUCUCAACCACUAGGGGGCGCAAACGCGGCGCGAUCUCAAACCGCCGACGAACGCAGAGCGGACAGAGCGACUCGUCCUCGAGGGAGCUGCGGCAAAUUCGUAAAUAAAGUCGCCGAUCGACGUGGAUUUGCAUUAAUUGCAAAGUGAAUGUGUGAAGUGAAUGUGCGAGGAGAUCGUGUGAAACAUGAGCAUAUAGUUUGACAAGCCAACGAAAUCGAAUCAUUUCGCUAGCGGCCAGACAAAGUAAAAGUUGUAAACCUCCCACCAAAUCAAGAAAAACUGUUUAAAUUGCUAAAAAAAUUAAGAAUCAAGCCACAUGAUGAAUCUGCAUCUGAGCCAAACCUUUUGGAUCACGCUGAUCUUGGUCCUCAGCAUAUGGACUUCAGUUGGGGUCCAAGCUGAGGAAGAGGAGUGUCCUUCUAUGGCGGACGCAGGAAGCUUGCAACAGACCCAGCUCAUCCAGCGAUUAACACAUGUCUGCCGCUACGAUCGUCUGGAAAGACCAUUUGAAUAUGACUCUGAUGGAAAACGCCUGCCCAUUGUGGUGAAGACGCGUAUCUACGUGUAUUUCCUGCAGAACCUCAACUCCGACCUGCUGCAGUUCAAGAUGCACGCGCUGCUGCAGCUGCGAUUCCAGGACAAGCGGCUGGCCUACAAGGCCUUCAAUCGCAGCGACAACAUCCUGGGCCAGAAGCACCUGAGCGAGCGCCUCUGGCUGCCGCACAUCUUCUUUGCCAACGAACGGGAGUCCAGCAUCCUGGGCACGGACGAGAAGGACGUCCUGACUUCGCUUUCGCCCGAGGGAAACGUGAUCAUCUCCACGCGCAUGCAGGCCAGUCUCUACUGCUGGAUGAACUUCCAGAAGUUUCCCUUUGACCAGCAGUUCUGCUCCACGGUCCUGGAGAGCUGGAUGUACAACACUUCCGAUUUAAUUCUGGAGUGGGAGCCGCAUACGCCCAUCUCCUUUGACCCGGAAAUGAGACUCACUGAGUACAAUAUGGCCCAGUUCUGGCACAACACUACGAUUGUGGAGUCGGAUGGGGACAAUCUGCGGCAUGGGGCUUUUGCUGGUAACUAUAGUUCGCUGAGCUUCACGGUCAAUCUCAAGCGAGAAAUUGGCUUCUAUCUACUCGACUACUACCUGCCCUCCAUGAUGAUUGUGGCCAUCUCUUGGGUGUCCUUCUGGUUGCAGGCGGACGCAUCUCCUCCAAGGAUUAUGCUGGGAACCAGCACCAUGUUGUCGUUCAUCACGCUUUCCUCGUCGCAGAGCAAGAAUCUGCCCAAGGUGAGCUACAUAAAGGUGUCGGAGGUGUGGUUCCUCGGAUGCACCUUCUUCAUCUUCGGCAGCCUGGUGGAGUUCGCCUUCGUCAACACCAUUUGGCGCCGCAAGGAGAACAUUGAGCUGAAGAAGGUCAACAGCAAGUACAUCAUAAAAUCCACAUUGACACCACGACCGGCCCGUCGUCAAAUUGGCGGAAGUUUGAGCAACGAAUCCAGGGCGAGAUCGUGUUCCAGUUUGGACAACAUUGUGUCCAGCACGGAGAGCGUGCGCAAUGGCAAUGGCACUGUGAAUCAGGGCUUCAACAACUACCUGACAGUGCAUCCCAAUUUACCAAUCAUAAGAACGGAGUGCGCCGAGGCGGAUACAGUGUCUAUCUGCAGUGCGCGUACGAACAACGAUCACAUCGUGGAUGUGGACAAGGAUAAAAAGGACUCGCCGCCCACUUUCACCACCAUGACACCGCAGGAGAUCGCCAUGUGGAUAGACCGGCGGUCCCGAUUUCUUUUUCCGGCCAUGUUCCUCGCCUUCAACGCUCUGUAUUGGACAUUCGUCUAUGUUUUGUAAGCGGAUGUGGGCAGAUGCCGCCGCUUAUGUGAAAUCUUGUCUAUUUGUGUAGUCCUGCUCGCGCAAAUAAUUGUUAAAUUGUAAGAUGCAUCAUCUCUUAGCUGUAUAAAUGUUAAUCAUUAAUAAAGGAAUAAACUUAAU